UAAAAACUGUGUAUGAGUCAGACACGUCCAUUACUUAGUAAUCUAGUACCUGUCUCGAGUGAACAUCCGACAUAAAGUUUUGAUAAGAGGUAAAAUAAGAUUUAACAAUAGGUAGCACACACGGGUCAUGGGUUCCCAAGCAACCGGUUUCGAUUCUGGCCCAGCGCCACUGCCGCCAAAAGACGUCGUUCUAAGCUUGAGGACGGGAAAGAUUAGGCCUUUUGGAGGCGUAAAAGGUUUGUCCUCGGCUAUUAACAAGCAGCCUCGAAGCGGAAAAAUCCAGCUCACUGCUGGCGGCUUUUCUGGCGACGAGAGGCAGUACAUCCACCACAAAAGCCCCGAUAAUGCCAUUCACCAAUAUGACCCCCGCCACUAUGAAGAUUGGAAGAAAAUCUUGCCGGAUCGUGAACACAAGUUCAAGGUCGGCGCCUUUGGUGAGAAUAUAUCUUCGGCCCACCUUUCAGAGGACAAUCUCUGCGUUGGCGAUAAGUUUCGUCUAGGGCCAGAAGCCAUCAUUCAGGUCACAAUGCUCAGGCAACCUUGCUACAAGCUCAAUCACCGCUUCGAGUAUAAGAAAAUGUCUAGUUUGAUCCAGAGUACCGGAUACACUGGCUGGUAUUACCGCGUAAUCCAAGGCGGAGAGGUCCAGGAAGGUGAUGUGAUAGAAUUGAUCGAGCGUAUUAACCCCUUUUGGUCACUUUCAAGAAUACACUAUAUCCUGUACACGGAUGCAAGCAACAUUGAGGCCAUAACCGAAAUCAUCCAACUAGAAGGGCUUAGCAAGGAGUUCCUCACUUUAUUCCAGAAACGACUUGCUAAGGGGACUGAGAAUAUGGAUGGCCGACUCCUGGGCGAUUUCGCAGUGCUUUGGCAGUCAUACAAACUGGUUGAGAAGACUCGACUAACACCGAGAGUACAAAGGUUCGUCUUCAAGUCCGAGGACCAAGAUAUUGACUCGGAAGAUUUGCAGUUCGGGCGUUUCCCCCAUGUGCGCCUCAGGUUCGGGCCGGAUUCCGAGUUUACGAGAGCUUAUUCGGUCGUAUCAGGCGAUAUGAGAUCGUUCGAACUGGGGAUUGCGAAGGACGACAACUCAAGGGGAGGUUCCUUGUUUCUUCACGAUGACCUAAAAGUUGGCGACGUAUUGGAAGUGGCUAAGGGGCACAAUGCAAGCGUGCCUAUAAUUAGCAACGACCAAGAAAGUGGUUCUACGAAACACAUUUUCAUCCUGGGCGGCAUUGGUGUUACCGCUUUCAUCGGUGAGAUUGGAACCCUCGAGAAAAAAUCCGCCAACUUCGAGAUACACUACGCAGUACGGAGCAGAAAGGAGGCUGCGUACCUCGAUCAGCUACCAACUAAAAACACUGCCGUCUACGCAAAGGACGAAGGUCGGCGAUUGGACGUUUCUUCUAUCAUUCCGUCACCCAACGAUUGUAGAGACGACUGCUUCAAGCCCCUAGUCUACUGCUGCGGUCCAUCAUCACUACUGACCGCAUGCCAAGAAAUCACGACAAAGCUGGGUUAUCCGCGAUCCCAAACCCAUUUCGAAGAGUUCGGUGGGGCUGGAACCGGUACUGGCGAGCCAUUCGAAGCAGAAAUAAAAAACACCGGCAAGGUUCUUCAGGUACCUCGCGAGAAGUCACUGCUAGAUAUUCUCAACGAGGCUGGUUUUGAGAUAGAUUCAUCUUGCCUCGUAGGGAACUGCGGAACUUGCAUGGUAGACGUGUGCAAGGGCGAAGUCGUCCAUCAAGGCACGGCCCUCGAGGACGAGCAGAAGGAAAAUAGUAUGCUGUCCUGCGUAAGUCGUGGUAAGGGGCGAAUCGUGAUUGAUUGCUAGACCAAUUAUCUUUGGUUUAGAACCGAGGUCUGCUUCAAAUGUUUAACCUCUAUAGAAUAAUUCUCAUAUAAACAUACACAUUCUAUUCGGUAGAUUAAUACCCAUAUACCAAACUUCUUUUUAGAAUAAUCC